AUGCCUAGAAAAUUUUCUUUGAAUGAUGCAAUAAAGAUAGCAGAAUCUCAUGGAGGAAAAUGCCUUUCCAAAGAAUAUAUCAAUUGUGAAAUUCCAAUGCUUGGGAAUGUAGCGAAUACCAUCAAUGGAAGUGUUCUUUUCGAUCUAUCAAAAAUCGUCAUUCAUGGUGUCCUUACUGCUCAAAUAGAAAACUCAAUAUUUCAGUGGCCAAAGAAUUGGCAUGCAGUAAAAAUGGAUGGUGUAUUUCUGAGAAUUACGUUAAUAUUAACUCACCUCUUUUAUGGGAAUGUGAAAAUAUUCAUCGGUUUCUCCUUUCUCUUUCAAAUGUCAAAAAUGGAAAAAAUUGCUCUUGUCAUAACAGACGUACUCCAAUAUCUUGGAAAUGUUCUAAAGGGCAUUCAUGGUUUGCUCGAAUCGAUAGUAUUCAACGAGGGGGACUUGGUGCCCACAUUGUGUAG